CCCUUGACAAUCACUGGGUCGGAAGUGACGUCUGUUGCCUAUCAGCCAAUGGUGGCCCAGCUCCCAGAAUGCAUUGCGUCACAAACUGCAAGCGCGAACAAUGUGCGCUGUAGUUGUGUGUGUUGUUGGAUUCUGCGCUGUUUAAACUUCACCGCUGCAUAACGUGGAGCUAAAGAGACCAGUAAUGACCACAAGCAACAAUGGUUCAGUCCUUAAAGAUGUCGUUGUCUAUGUUGAUGUGUGGUCAUCAGACAAAACGGCAAACUAUUCAAAACCAUUCAUUCAGCAGCUGCAAGAAAUGGGAGCUCAGGUAUCAAAAACAUUCAAUAAACAAGUCACGCAUGUCGUCUUCAGCAACGGUCACCCGGCUACAUGGAGGAAAGCCAAGAAAAGUGAUGUGAGGCUUGUCUCUGUUCUCUGGGUGGGCAGAUGUUACGAUGACGGUGUUCGUGUUGAUGAGAAGUUGUAUCCAGCCUUUAAUGAUGAAAGCAAUCCUAUGUUGAAGAACAAAAGACAUCGUUGCAUGCAGCCCAAAGAUUCCCCAGAGAGGACACCUGAAAAUGACAGACGCAUGAGGAAAAAAUUAGACAAGAUGAUGAAAGACCUAGCUCCAAAACAACCUCUUGUCACAGAUGUGUCGCCCAUCAUUAUUGAUGAGGAGAACGGAAUAGUCUAUAGCCCUGCAUUGAAAAGAUCAGAUUAUAUGGCACAGCGUUUGAAAGACAUGAAAGAGAAACGGGAAAACCUCUCACCAACAGCUUCACAAAUGGUUGAAUCCUGCUCAUCCGCUGGGAUGAAGCCUUCUCUUGGGAGCACACCAACCGUCUUCAAAUUAAUGUAUGACCAGUCGGAUGAUGAUUCCAGUGCUUCCGUUGCUGAACCUGCUUACUCACCUGAUAAGGAAGAAGGGAGAACACAAGAGGAUUUUUCAGACCAUGACCAUAUUGAACAUCGCCACAGGAAGGGCUCCCAAAAGCCAUGGCUCUCACCCUGCCAUGAUGUGCCAAAACGGAUUUCAAGUCCUGUGAAAUGUCAAGACUUCGAGGACGAAGAAGUGACCAGACACAAAAAGACUAGAAGGACCUCAGUCAGAAAAAAGCCAGCAGAGAAACACAAAUCUGUAGGUUUAUUAGAAAGUCCCUCUAAGGAUAGGAGAUCUGGCAACAGCAAGAACUUUCAUAAAGAUAAAAGGCAAUCAGAGAUCAAAUCCUCUAGUCCAUCACCUAACAAAACUGAAAAGGGAAAGGGAAAAAUGAAAGCAGCUAAAAAAGAUAUGAGAGGCACCUCUUCUAGCUGCCUCUCAUCACCAGCCAAAUUAGGCGAUGCUGCCGCUAAACCGUCAAAAGAAGCUGCUAGCCCAUUACAGAAAAUACCUAAACGAGCCAGGCCGUCACUUUCUUCCUUGGUACGAUCUUUCACUAUAUCCAGUGACUCUAAAAGUGUUGCCUCAGGUUCCACUGACGGAGAUGAUAAUGUUUUUGAGGACUAUUUUUCCCCCGCCAACCAACACCCUAGAUCAAAACGCCCUCCGUUGCCUAAUCUACCCGUGAAGAGAGACGUUCAGAUUCCUUUUGAGUUGGACCUUGUCCCAAAGAAGAGAAAACUAAGAAGAAGUGAAAGCAUUGGAUCUGAAACUAAGACUAAAAAGAAGAGGAUACUGGAAACAAGUGAGCAGUCUGAUGCAAGCAGUAAGCCCCAACAGGAUGUUAAAGAAUCUCUGCCUGCAUUGGAGAGUCCAAGUGUCGAUGUCACGUCCGUGGCUAAAAGGCAAAGACAAAGCACCUUGCCCUUCACAAGCACCAGCCCAAGUAUAAGUGAUGUCAGGAAACAGAGAAGAGCAUCUACUUCAGUACGACCAACAAUGUCAACAGAGGCUCACACUACAUCAGAGCUGCAGAAAGACUCUGUCAAUGUCAUUUCUCAUACCUCGGAAAGUGGAGGAAAUGUGCGUACAGUUGCAGCUGGUUUAACAGAGUCACCGUCUGAAGGCAAAGAAGAAAAUCACAAUAAGCAAGUCAGCUUGAGUCUUCAGAACAUGGUAAACCAAACAAAGGCUAUGAAAACAUUGGUCAUGACGAGCAUGCCCACUGAGAAGCAGCACACGUUGGUUCAGGUGGUGACGUCACUGGGUGGUUUUUCAAUCGUUGACCGAGUUUGUGAGAGCACAACCCAUGUGGUGUCUGGGGGUCACCGGCGGACUCUCAAUAUUCUGUUGGGCAUAGCUCGUGGCUGCUGGAUCCUGUCUUUUGAAUGGAUCCUGUGGUGUUUGGAGCAAAGGCAGUGGAUUCCAGAGGAACCGUAUGAACUUUCAGAUCAAUUUCCUGCAGCACAGAUCUGUCGUCUCCAGAGGCACCUGUCUGCCGGGGAACACCAGCAGGACCUGUUUCAAGGCCAGCCCGCCAUGUUUGUGUCCCAGCACUCCCAGCCACCCACUCACAGUCUGGUUGAGCUGAUCCAGCUUUGUGGAGGAACAGUCUGCAAAUCUGUGCGACAGGCAGGUAUCUGCAUCGGGAAGUACAGCGGCAGGAGACCAGAGGGAUGCAGAAUCCUGUCAGAGCAGUGGGUGCUGGAUAGUAUCACACAUUUGAAGCGGCUGUCAUAUGACAACUACCUCUUGGAGUGAAAGCUGUGAAGUUUAGUUUUAGUCAUUUUAUGUUGAACAGUUCCUGGUCACAUAUCCUCAGUUUCUAACCUACAGUCUUCCUCUUGUGCUGGUUUGUCAUCUCGCUUGUGUUCGGGGGCUUUACAUAAAUCCUCUCAAAUAUUCAGUUUUCAAAGAACUUUAGUCCCGGUUACCAUGGAAACCUGUCACUUCGGAGGACUAUCAACCAUUCAACAAAGACCUGAGUUACUGUAAAACAUGAAAAACUGCUUUAACAGUGCAUCUCGAUCCUUUAUUGUUUACAUUUUUAGUAGUUACCACUACUGUAUAAUGCUGUGAUUUUAACAAGACAUUAGAGUGAGCGUUGAGAUUGUUUUCAUUUAUGACAAUGUGAUUUUAAGGAUACUUGCUGAGCCGGUUUAACACUUAAAUGGAGAUAACAUACUGUAUCCAUAUAGAAAUGUUUUGUG